AUGACGGACGCCGGGGAAGGAAUCCAGAAAAAGCGCAAGCUGCCCGAGGUCUCGGAGAUCGAGAUCGAUGUAUCGGCCCCCGAACCGCCCUCCAAGAAGGCCUUGAGAAAAGCGAAGAAGAAGGGUACCGAGGACCCAUCCGACGCCACUACCGACAAACCCACCGAGGAGACGGACCCCAAGAAGGAGGACCCUGCCGCGGCGAAGCGGUCGGAGUACGGAGUCUGGAUUGGAAACCUGCCCUUCUCUGCGACCAAGGACGACGUCCGUCGAUUCUUCACGACCCAUUGCUCCUUUACGGAGACCACCAUCACCCGCCUGCACAUGCCGCGGCCGGCCGACAAGAACGCCCGCGCCCAGAACCGAGGAUUCGCCUACGUUGACUUCUCGACAGCCAAGGCCGCGACGGAGGCGAUAGCGCUGAGCGAGAAGCUCCUGACGGGUCGCCGUGUGUUGAUCAAAGAUGCGAAGAGCUUUACGGGUCGGCCUCAGCCGACGGAGGGAGAGGACGGCCAGAAGGCUGGCACCGCGGCGGCGGUGUCCGGCCCCCCGCCCUCGAAGCGGAUAUUCGUCGGGAACCUUGGCUUCGACACGACCAAGGAGAUGCUGGAGGAGCACCUGGGCCAGUGUGGCCCCAUUAACGAUGUCCACAUGGCUACCUUCCAGGACAGUGGAAAAUGCAAGGGCUACGCGUGGGUGAGAUUCCAGGAUCUGGCGGCGGCGGAAGCCGCGGUCAAGGGAUUUGUGAUGGUCAAGGAAGAUGACGAGGAUGAGGAGGAGGAAGAAGAGGAGGGGAAGGAAGAGGAGAAGGAAGAGAAGGAGGAGAAGGAGUCUUCGAAACAGCGCCGAAAGCCCAAGAAGCCGCAGCAGAGACGGGUGUGGGUGAACAACCUGUUAGGGCGACGCAUGCGAAUGGAAUUUGCGGAAGAUGCCACCACUCGGUAUAAUAAACGCUACGGGAAGGGCAGCAAGACCAGAACGAAUGAUGGUGAGGGGGGCGCGACUGGCGAUGCGAUUAGGGAGAUGCCUGCGCGUGCCAAGCGCGACAAACCGGAUUAUACCAGAUACGAUUCGGAUACGGUGCAGAAGCUGAGCGGUGCCAUUGUGGAGGCCAAGGGACAGAAGGUCACCUUUGACUAA